GCGCACAAACGCUUGCCGAGCGGCUGACGCGAGCUGUGCAGCUGCUGGCGUCUCUGUUUGGUGGUCCUGUGGAGCGUGCCAGUGGGUCUUCUGCGCGCUCCUCUUGCCUCAGAAGCAGAAACUUCAGCCUCUGUGUAGUCCAGCAACAGGGGAACAGAUGAGCAGUAAUAUGCGUAUCCACUCCUGGCCUUGUUCCUACUAUCUGGACCUUGAGAAGCAAUGGGUUCCUGGAAAGCUGACCCUGACACCUCAGUCACUGAAGUUCACUGUGGACCAAACUGAAGAGGUCCUUGUUGGCCUGCCCCUCUCCAGCAUCACUGAGAUCAAGAAAGAGACGUCACUCUUUAUCUUCGGUGCGAUCACAAUCCUGGAGAAGGGCCAGACCAAGCACUGGUUCAGCUCACUGCAGCCUAAUCGAAAUGUGGUCUUCAACAUCAUCGAGCAUUUCUGGAGGGAGUUGUUACUGUCCCAGGCAGUGGCUUCUCCUGACACUUCCCCCACGGUUGUGGGGCAGGAGCUGAUAGGACUAAUGGAGUGUUCCCAGAGACGCAUGGAAGACACAGCAAAGGUCCUUCAAGACCAGACUGAUCAGCUAGACAGCGUCUUGAAGGGCCUGGAGAAGAUGGAGUCUGAUCUAGAUGUGGCUGACAGAUUGCUGACAGAAUUGGAGACUCCCUCCUGGUGGCCUUUUAACUCUAAGUUUUGGAAGAUGCCGGCAGAAAUAAAGUCCAAGGAAGGUCUCUGUAUAGCCACUAAUAAGCCCUUGGAAAGGGAAGGGUCUGUGAUCACGGUCCCUGCUGUUGUUUCUGAGAAAACAGAGGCUCAGUCCAAACUGGGAAAGUUUACUGUCCUGGCUUCUGCUUUGGAAAUCUAUGAUUCCGGUUCAUCUCUCCUGCACAGAUUUGAGAAUGAUGAUGUUGAUGAUAUCACAAUUCACUCUCCUUAUGAGAUCACUGUACGCCAGCGGUUCAUUGGGAAGCCAGACGUGGCGUACCAGCUGAUAUCCGUUAAGAUGCCAGAGGUCAUUCCCAUUUUAGAAGUGCAGUUCAGCAAGAAGCUUGAUCUCACGGAAGAUGCCCUAGUGUUCAGGAACAAGGUCGAGCCCCCCCCUAAAGAGAGUGACUGCUCCAUUCUGCCUGCAGCAUCCAGACCAGGAGAAGAGCUGCCUACAGGAGGGAAAGACGACGACUAUCUGCAGCUGCAAAAGGAGUGGCCAAUACUUUCUGAGGAGGAAGCCCGGGAGCUGUCCCAGAUUCUGAGCAAACUGAAGGAACUCUCAAUGGAGACCGAGGCAGAGCUGGAACACCAGGACGAAACUCUGGAUGGCAUUGACAAAGCUGUGGACCGGGCAACCCUGACUGUGGACAAGCAUAACCGCCGUAUGAAAAAGCUGAAGUAGUGGGCAAGCUACCGAACAGUCACCCCAGCAUGGCUCUGCUGAUUCUGCUGCUGUGUCCCUGUGUCCUUUGCACCCAGACCUGUGCUGUGGUAUUAUGAGGCCCUACCUUGGAACUACACCUUCCUAGGAUGGGCCAGGAGAAGCCACAAUAUGCAUGAGCAUGCUAUAUCUUCUAGGUGCCCUUAGCAUGAGGGCCAAGUCCUUGUUCAGGCCACAGCAUAGCCAUCCUUCCUGUCCACACUGAGACCCCGGCAUAGAGCUGCUGUUGUAGGGCCAUGGCCCUGGUUACCCUGCACAAGUCACAUCAUAUUGUCAUCUUUUCACCAUUUUUGUCAAACAGAGAAGAAAGAUGUCAGUCGUUCUGAGAUGUGAAUAGCUGGCCUGGCUGUGCCAUUCUCUUGCCACAGGCGUUGAUUCCCCUUCAGAUGCUGCUGUAGCCCCUGCUACCUCUCCUUGUCGGCAGUUAGAGUUCUGUAGAGGAAUAAGGCCAGUAGCCUUUAUGUGUGCAUAAUAAAAGAAUGUUAAUUAGAUUGCUUA